CUUGAAAUGGACCACAACAGCCUGACCUAUCAGAAACUGUUCUACCAGAGUCACGUGGAAACAUGGCCAAACCGAUAGGCAGGCGGCAAGAUCAGAGGGGAACUUAUGGCACUUCACUGAAGGAGAGGCAAGUGUGUGCGUAAAAACCGAAGUUGACCACGCCGCUGCGCAACAUCGAAGGAAGCUGAGCAAAAACAGAUUCUCUCGAGAUAAAACACAAAAACAAAAACAGCAACGGGGGACGCAGAAGGAAAUCUGGUUGUAUGGCACCUCAGUCGUGCGUAAUGAAUCCUGCGCAAGGAUCACCGCCCUCGGCCGCUAUGGGGGAGACCUCUCCGGACGACCAAGUUGCUGGUGGUGUGGGAACUGACGAGCUGGACCUGUCAUCUGUCAGAAGAUAUAAAACCAAAAGUUUAGAUCUGCCUUUUAGUGUAGAAUCGCUCAUAUCAGACAGGACGCCGGACAGAAGCCUCCAUUCCGUAGAGCGUGGUUCAGGCUGCGUCGGGCCAGAGGAGACGGAGUGUGCGUCACCGAGGGGACAUUAUCGGUCCAAACUUGAGGCGGUGGACCUCAGCGACAAGGAGAUGAGCCCGUGGAGUCAGGCUUCCUACGCAUCCCCUCCAAGACUACCCAGCCCGACCCCGUGCAAUCUACGGAAACACAAGAACAACAGGAAACCCAGAACUCCAUUCACAACCUCUCAGCUGCUUGCUCUGGAGAGGAAGUUCCGUCAGAAACAGUACCUCUCCAUCGCGGAGAGAGCGGAGUUCUCUAACUCCCUCAGCCUCACGGAGACGCAGGUCAAAAUCUGGUUCCAGAACCGCAGGGCCAAGGCCAAGAGACUGCAGGAGGCCGAGCUAGAAAAGCUCAAGCUGGCCGCGAAGCCGCUGCUGCCGGCCUUCCCCUUCCCCUUCCCUCUGAGCGCACCCAUGGGCGCGCCGUCUCUCUACGGGGCCCUGAACGGACCGCGGCCCGCCUUGCCUGUCCCAGGACUAUUCAGUGGACCGUAUGGGAUGUACUACUUGUCUUAACCCUCACGAACUUUGAACUGCAUGGCUGGGAAAGCUGCCUUUAAAAAUGCCUUCACACAGCAAAUAACGCUGCAAAAAACUUCCAUUUCUUAAGUCGUAAAUCUUACAUUACACCCAAAAAGUAUUUUCUGCUGUAGUGACAAAUCUAAUGAUGUGCAAAGAACAUUUUUUUUCACACAAAUACGUUGGUAGAAGUCCUUCUUCAUUUCAAAAUAGUCUCAUUCAAGGAACAGAAACAAGUGAAAUAUUUUCACUGCAUUUUCAUUUUUCAGGAAUUUUCUGUGAUUAUUAAUUUAAAUUUACAAAAGAUUUACUUUGUAUUUGUUAACAUGGUCAUUUUUGCAGUGUAUUCGGUAAAAUCCUGUUUUUAAAAUGCCAGACUGACACCGAGCUCAAUUUGCGGACAUAUUGUGGGUUUUCUGUUCCAGUAGAGCUGUUCCACAAACACUCUGGUCAAAGUCAUUUUUGAUGUCUCAAGAGGAGAUUACAUGGUUAUUUAAAGGCCUGCAACUUUGGGUUUAAAGCAAUAAGUAGUGGUGACUCACUGCAGUGUCCAUGUGGAUGUUUUCUUUCCAUUCCAGAGGCCUUUGAAACAUUAAAUCACCCACAUUCAAAACACACUUUUAUUAUUAUUAUUGUUAUUAUCUCAAAGAGUUAACUGUUUAGUAGCAAAGAACUUCAUAAGGUAGCCUGGCUCGCAGUUAGAUGCUGAAGGUGGAAGGAAGACAUUACCAACAGGUGAAGUCAAGGUGAAGCACAGUACAUAUUAAGUUUAAUAAUGACAGAGUGGGGACCAGUGUGAGCCUACAGAACAAGUCUGAUUGGCAUGGCUGUCUGAAACUGUGAUCAGAAGCUAAAGAGGCAGCGUUCAACAAAAGACACCCACUUCAGUUAGUGCAUAAGUAUAUUCAACUCUUUUAUAGUUUGUAUUCAGUAACAAGAAGCAUUAGACUAUGAAGAACUCAUUAGUGCCUUUUGAUUACCAGUGUAAAGGAAUCAAGUGUCCCUAUAGAGUGUUUCUGAAGUUUCAUUUUCUCAAAGUGAAUUUACUAUCUAAACCAACCGAUUUCAGUAUUUCUGUUUGUUUCUAACUUCCUAAUAAUUCUCCCAGUUUCAAAAAUGCAAAUCAGCUAUAAAAUAAUCCCACUGUAGUAUUCUCAUUUUAAAACUGUAUUUUUUUUUUUAUAUUACCUCAAAAGGAGAACUUUUUUUGCACAGAUGUUGAAAGAACUCUUAAAAGACCACAGUUUGAAUACGGAGUGUAAAUAAAGGUCAUCAGCUAUUUUUGCAAACUUUCAAAAUGGUAAACAUGACUGAUGGACUCACAUCGGUUGUUAAUGUACAGUGUAUUUUAUAUCUGAUGGGUGGAAAGGUGUUUUAUACAAUUAUUAAAAUCUAUUAUGUAAAUUCUAACAGUUCUCUCGUUUUCCUUCUCACAAAUUCUUUCAAUUCACUGCAAAACCAUCUGCAUUCAUCAUCAUUUAAACGUUGCCUUGAGCUUCUUUUAAAAGCACUUUUAUUGUUUUUUUUCACGAAACUUCCCAACAGCAUCAC